UCUCUACCGUGUGGCGCGGAGGCCUCCUUAACUCGCAGCCAUGAUUCCAUGUUCCGCUCGUCACGCCUCGCCGCGGGGAAGCGGCAGCCGUUGUAAAAGAUUUCCCCGAGCAAUGUAAGCGAGAAAUGGCGGACACCCAAGCGUCUCCAGAACCCGAGGCGUCUCUUGCUGCUAACGGGCAUGCCGGCGGGAAUACAAGCCUCUCCGGGAACCCAGCGACGCAGAGCCUGUGCGACGUUCCUGUUGUGCGACGGGCGUCGUCGUACGGGCGAGUGGACGACGCGCUGCUGCGUCACCUGCGAUCCAUCAUGGGCGACUCCAACGUGACGACGAACCGAACGGUGCUGGAGCAGCAUGGCAGGGACGAGUCGUACCACGAGCCCAUGCCGCCAAACGCAGUGGUCUUCCCCCAGUCAACGCACCACGUGCAGCAGCUCGUAGCCGCAUGCGCCGCCCGCCGCGUGCCCGUCAUUCCCUAUGGAGCGGGCACGUCUCUGGAAGGACACGUGGCAGCCUAUGGCACCAUGCGAGAGGCAGUUCUGGGAGUCACAGCAGUGCUGCCCAACGGGCAGGUCAUAAAAACGGGCAGCCGGGCACGAAAGUCUUCAUCAGGCUACGACUUAACACGGCUGAUCGUGGGGAGUGAGGGCACGCUGGCUGUUGUCACCGAGGUGUCGCUCCGCCUCUUCCCCCAACCCGAGGCCGUCUCUGCUGCUGUCUGCCCCUUCACCUCUGUCGCUGGUGCUGUCGACACAGUGAUCGAGACCAUUCAAACUGCCAUUCCAGUUGCCCGCAUUGAGUUUCUCGACGAAGUGCAGGUAGAUGCAGUGAACCGCUACUCCAAGACGCACCUGGAGCUGAGCCCCACGCUGUUCUUUGAGUUCCACGGCACGGCUGCUGCCGUUGAGGAGCAGGCAAAGCAGGUAUCAACCAUAGCCUCAUCUAACGGCAGGGGCUCCUUCCAGUGGUCCACAGCCCCUGAGGAGCGGUCCAAGCUCUGGGCUGCUCGUCACUCCGCCUACUACGCUGCUCUGGCGCUCAGACCAAACAGCAAAGGUCUCCUAGCAGACGUGUGUGUGCCCAUCUCUCGCCUCACAGAGCUCGUCCUAUUGGCCAAGGAGGAGAUAAGGCAGGCGCAGCUGGUGGCACCUAUAGUGGGGCAUGUGGGGGAUGGCAACUUCCAUGUGCUCUUUAUAGUCGACCCAGACGAUCAGGCUGAGCUGGCAGCGGUCAAGCGAGUCAACGACAGCCUUGUGGCUCGCGCCAUUGCUGUGGGCGGCACGUGCAGUGGCGAGCAUGGCGUGGGCUAUGGCAAGCUGCCCUUUUUGGAGUCGGAGCAUGGGCGACCGGCAUUGGACGCCAUGGCAGCACUCAAGGCCGCAUGGGACCCCCUCAACCUCUUCAACCCGGGAAAGAUUGGCCAGUUCACCCCACCCUAGAUCUGGUAGUUCUGAGGCAUUUCAAAA